GCUAAUGUUCGUAGUUGAUAGUCUAAUCGGCCGUACCUUUCUCUCCACAGAUCUCAGCAACUUUCACGAGCAGUGGAUUGGCGGUAGGUAAAAGCGAAAACCCAACUCACAGAGGGCUCGACUUUUAUAUUCAGGGAAGCUAUUUUAGUUUCAGAAAAAUGGAUCCAUUAUCUCAGUUUUUAUUGGCAAUUCUCUUUUUCCAUAGCUCAGAAUACAUUUUAGCUGCUGCUAUUCAUGGGAUGUCAAAUGUUAAUGUCAAAUCACUUCUUGUCAGUAAAGAAUAUGUUUUAGCCAUGGUCUUCGCAUUGCUUGAAUACUUUUUUGAACUCCUUUUAUUCCCUGGACUGAAAGAACAUUUGUGGGUUAGUAAUCUAGGGCUUGCAAUGCUUGUUGUAGGAGAAAUUGUAAGGAAAUUGGCUAUUGUAACUGCUGGUCGGUCUUUUACACAUUUAAUUAGGGUUUAUCAUGAGGAUCAUCAUAAGUUGGUUACCAGUGGAGUUUAUGCCUUUGUUCGUCAUCCGAGUUAUUGUGGUUUCCUGAUUUGGUCAGUUGGUACUCAGAUAAUGCUUUGUAAUCCUAUAGCCACUGUUGGUUUUGCUGUUGUUGUUUGGCGGUUUUUUGUGGCGAGGAUUCCUUAUGAGGAGUAUUUUUUGAGGCAGUUUUUUGGGGCGGAUUAUGAGGAGUAUGCUCGAAGAGUUCCUUCUGGGGUUCCAUUUGUGAUGUGAUAAUUCUUGGAUUAUGUUUGUAGGACUGACUGACUGACUCGGAUAAGCUUAUUUUGGGUUAGUAGUUUGGGCUUUGGUCUUGUUUAAGUAGUAGUAGUUAAUAGAAAAUUUUCUAUUCUGACCGUGGCUAGUCAUUUGAGCGUUUGAUUAAGUUAUGGUUUACCAUUUGGAACAUUUCAAACUGGUUAGAUGUAGCUUGUAGAUUGGUUCAUCCUACAGAUCAUUAAGGUUUCUUUGUUUGGUAAGUUUGUAAUCAGAUAACACUCUGUAAGGCAGUUCUUUGCAAAGUGGAUCCCUUAUGAGUGGCCUUUCCUUAAAGCAAAAUUUGGGGCAGGUUAUGAGUAUGUUUGAAGUGUUUGUUCCGGGUUCCAUUUGAUUAGUGCAUUGUGUUAGUAUGAUUAGCAUUGGCUUUUAUAAGUUUUUCAAGUAAGGGAAAGGAAAAUUAUUUCUGUUAAAGGUAUAAUUACUAUGAGAAGCAUCGUAAGUUUGUUAGACAGAGUUCAUGGAUCCUUCGUCACCAAGGGAAUAUAAGGUUUCUUUGUUUGGUAAGUGGAUACUCAUAAAAUGUACCUAUUCUUUAUGUUGCUCAGAUUCGGAUGUGAGUUCCGCACACUUAUGUUCAAUUUUUUUCUUGUAUGUGGAGGGUUUGUUGAUUGUAUGAGAAGGGUUGGCAUUGGUUUGUAAAAGCUUUUCAAGUAAGCAAAAUGAAAUUUCUUUUGAUUAAGGCGUAGCUUUCCUUGAUAAACAUCAUAAGUUGUAGAGACAGGACUCAUGGAUUCGUUCAUCAUCCUGGUCAUAAGAUUUCGUUGUUUGGGUAGUUGCUACUCAGAUUAUGCUCUGUAAUCCUGUUUUAGUUAUUGUUUUGCUGUUGUGGUUUGGCUGUUCUUUCCAAAGAGGAUCCCUUGGGAACGGCUUCUCUUUUGAUGCAGAUAAUGAGGAAUCUGAUUGAUUGUUUGUUCUGGCUUGGGGUUCCAUUUAUGAAGUGAUAAUUUGUGGAUUGUGUUAGUUGUAGGGAUGUUGCACCAUCACACUGCAUUUUGUUCUGCAGGAUCCGGUACCUAUAUUUGACCCUUUCAGGAUCCUUUUAAAACAUGCAAAAACUAUGAAAAAGUGAAACCUGUGUCAAACAAGUGUAUCUGACACUCAUAAUCGAAUCCAAAUAGCUGAUAGUGAUUCCUCACUAGGAAAAUUGGAACCAAUUGUAUAAUUACUAUGGGAUUAAAGCUUCAUGUCUUUUGCUGUAUGUGUUUGUUUUUUUUCUCAGCACUUCUUUUAUGUAAGUUUAUAGAGUUGAUGAAAUGUAUAUAUAUAUAUAUACAUGGAAAUGGUUACUCAUCCAUGUAUACUUGGAUAA